CCACUCUGCACACUGACACGCAAUUAACACUCAAUUAAGCGCUUGCUACUUUCCCACGACGCUGGACGGAGCCACCAUUCACUUGUGGAGGGUGUGGAAGCAGCCUCCUGCGAGCAUCCGUGCAAACAUGACCGAGGGCUGCGAGUUCGAGAUCGACGUGGAGAGCGUGGAGGCCGAGGCCGACGAUCAGUGCGAGCUGGCCGGCCGCGCGGCGGACGCGGAGGAGGAGCCGGCGGAGGGAGACGGCGGCCACGGCCACGGCAAGCCGGGCCUCGGCGGCCUGAGCCUGGGCGAGCAGCGCAAGCUGAGCCGCACGCCCAAGUGCGCCCGCUGCCGCAACCACGGCGUGGUGUCGUGCCUGAAAGGACACAAGCGCUUCUGCCGCUGGAGGGACUGCCAGUGCGCCAACUGCCUGCUGGUGGUGGAGCGGCAGCGGGUCAUGGCGGCGCAGGUGGCGCUACGGAGGCAGCAAGCCACCGAGGACAAGAAAGGACUAUCUGGCAAACAGAUUCCAGCGGAGAGGAGGACCAUCUAUCAGCGACAUGUUCGUCCAUCCACUCUGCUGGCCAAAAGCAUCCUGGAAGGGUUUCGCCCGGGGCCGACCGACCCCUUCCUGGCCGCCAACUCGUCCCUCCCGCCGCCGCUGAGCGACCGCAUGAGGAAGCGGCGGGCGUUCGCCGACAAGGAGCUGGAGAGCAUCAUGCUGGAGCGCGAGUACAAGGAGCGUGAGCUGCUGGAGAACGGCCAAGCCUCGCUGCUCUUCCCGAGCAACAUGGUGCACCACCCUGCCGACUACAACUCCUACAAGGCGGCGUAUUCGCCCGGCGCUCCGCCCGAGACGGCGCCCAAAGACCUGUGCGGCCUGCUGGGCCCCGCCUGCCUGGAUGUGUCCAUGCCGUACUCGGCCUCCGCCAACGUGGAGCUCAUCUCGUCCAACGUGAGCGUGGCCGCCACUUACCGCCACUACCCGCUGCAAGCGGCGCGGGGCUGCAGCGGCGGCGCAGGCUUCGUCAUGUGGCCCAGAGGGGCCGCCAACCUGGGCGACGCCCUUCUGUACCAGCAGUGCCUCUUCAACGCCACGGCGGUGCAAAACAUGAAGCCCGGCGCCAUUUGGGAGCCCAAGGCGAUGCCCGCCGAGAGCCAGUCGCCAGAGCAGGACCCCACCGACGUGCUGGCCGCCCUGCCGCAGGACCCCGCCGAGCCAAAAGCUGCCUGCGCCGCACAAGGCGGGCAGAGGGAGAGCUCGGCCUUCUACCCCCCAAAGAGGAGCUUCGGUCCCGCCUUCCAUCACAGCUCAUCGUCCCAGAAAGCGGGCAAAGACGGCGGCAAGUUCUCGGUGAAGGUCAACUCCACCUUCCACUCGCUCAUCCAGCAUUCCCUGGCGGACAGGAACGGCGGCGUGCCGGACCUCAGGGCGCCGUACUGCAAAGAGCUCCUGCAGGAAGCCGCGCGCAAGCUCAGGGAAAGCUCCGCCAAGGACGCUCAGGCCGCCAAAAUCACUGACAGAUACGCCAAAGACUUCACCUCCAAACCCGGCGGGACCAAGAUGGCUCCUGGCGAGUCCUUGUCCUUCUCUGUGGAGGCCAUUUUGAAAAGGCCUGCCAUGAGUCGGGCCUUCCAUUGAGUUAUAAAUAUGUAGAGCGUAUAAAAUUAUGGCACCGAAAAGAAGGCCACUUUGUACAGUGUAUUAUAGAUCCUUUUGUCACUUUUUGCAUGUUGAAUAACUUUAUUGUGAAGAGUAUUUAAACACUUUCUCAUGUCAA